UGCUCCCCUACUCCCCCGCCGCCCCAGCGCCGUAUAACCACCAGCCGUGCCGGCAAAAAUCCUCUUCGACGGAGAGCGCGCAGUAACCAGCCACCGAUCGCCCGCGCACGACUUGGAGGGAAAGCAAGGCGAGCGCGCGGCCAUGGACUCCUUCUCGUCGCCCUCGCUGUCGUCGUCAGGUUCCAGCCCCAACCCGGAGGCCGUUAUGGAGCAGAUCAAGGCGCAGCUCGCCCAGGCAUACGCGCAGGAGUUUCUAGAGACCGUGGGGAACAAGUGCUUUGAAAAGUGCGUGACCAAGCCAGGAUCAAGCUUGAGCGGAAGCGAGAGCAGCUGCAUAUCACGUUGUGUUGAUCGCUACAUUGAGGCCACCGGUAUUGUCAGCCGGGCAUUGUUCAGCUCCCAGCGCUAAGACCACAUUGUGAUCUCAAAGAUCGCUCGUGAGAGCGGUGUACCCUUGAGAUUUUUGACUUGCCAGGAUACAAUAACAAUUGAUGCUUGGUUGUUCAAGCAGCGAAUCCUCUAAAGACUCACGGUUCUUGUAAGCCUUUCUGCUUUAGUAGAACAAGCUCUAUCAAGUGGCGCAGAUGUUUAGUUAUGCCCAUCCUGUGGUUUGUUUCUCUGA